AUGUCUGCUGUUAGCCUGACAAAUCAAUCGCGCCUUCGUCUUUCUCGAGGUGUCUCUUGUUUUAAACCAUCCACUCUGGCCUCCCGACGCCUUCUCUCUUCCUCCUCCACUAGAUUCUCUAUCCAGUCUUCCACUAGAACCGCAGUAGCGCCCUCUUUCCUCCGUUCAACUCCGUUUAUCCACAGCCGUCGCGCUUUCUCUCACACAUCCUCCAACAUGUCUCACAACGUUGUCGACAUCAAGUCUAAGGCCGAAUUCACCGAGAAGGUCCUUGGCGAGUCCACCGGCCCCGUCGUCGUUGACUGCUUCGCUACCUGGUGCGGUCCUUGCAAGGCCAUCUCCCCCAAGGUCGAGCAGUUCAGCAACGAGUACCCCAACGCCAAGUUCUACAAGAUCGACGUCGACGAACUGUCCGAGGUCGCUGCCGAGCUCGGUAUCCGUGCCAUGCCCACUUUCCUUCUCUUCAAGAACGGCCAGAAGUUCGACGACCUCACCGGUGCCAACCCCAAGGGUCUGGAGGAGAAGAUCAAGGCUCUGCUUGCAUAA